GAUGAUGGCAAAUAAAGAAAAAAUACAGUUAUUAUCAAGUCAAAAAUCUGAAAAUCAAAAACCUUCAGAUAGUAAUAAUGUUAAUAACAAUGUUAAAGAUGAGCAACAUCAACAAAAGGAAAUUGACAAUUUGAUUCAAAGACUUAUUGAGUCUUUGCGUAUUAUAACUAAUCGUGCCCUUUAUCACACAGUAAUCAGUUCUCCUAGUAGUAGUAAUGACAAUGAUGUUGAUGAUAACAAAAUAGCUGAAUACUCAUCAUUUUCAUUUAGAUAUCUCACAUUCAAUGAACUUUUCCCCUCAAUAACCAUCCUAUUAACUUCUCCACGAUUAAAUAAGUCUUUAAAAUUUAAAAAAUUUGUAAAUUAUGUCGCUCUACUUUGCACUAUUUUAUUGGGAGGUCAGAAUGGAACUCUUUAUCUCCUGAAAGAACUACAAAAGUCAAUAGAGCCAUCAUCAUCAUUAUCAGGAGGCAAAACCAUAUUUGCAAAUUGG